UCUGGACUAAUUAGCUGAGUGUAUGAUCCUACGCCGCGUGUUUCUUUCCCCCGUGGAGGUAGUAACGCCUGUCUCAGCCAUAAAGGAGAAGGAGCAUGACAGCUCGCAUUCCGGUGUUUGCACUUUGCCGACGCUCUAAGGUGCUGGUUUGCUGAGUUUGGGGCUCUGGCGUCUGCAAGGGAAGAGACCCUGUGUGCGAAGUUUUCUUCUCUGGUGUCUGGUCAGUUGUGUGGGGCACAGCGGGGACCCCCUGCACAGUGACCACAGGGUCGGGCUGAGCUGGAUGCCGAAGCGAAGGAAACACACGGACGGACCCUUGUGAAGGAAGAGCAGCCUGUACAGCGAGGACGGCCUGGGGGUGGCGGCGCUCAGCACACUCUAUGGCGGGAUGCUGCUGUCCUCCAUGUUCCUGCCGCCCAUCCUCAUUAAGAAGCUCGGCUGCAAGUGGACCAUCGUCAUCGCCAUGUGCUGCUACGUGACCUUCACCCUGGGCAACUUCUACGCCAGCUGGUACACGCUGAUCCCCACUUCCAUCCUGCUGGGACUCGGAGCGGCCCCGCUGUGGUCCGCGCAGGGCACCUACCUCACCACCAUGGGAAGCACGCACGCAGAGAAGACAGGAAAGCUUGGCAAAGACGUGGUCAGCCAGUAUUUUGGCAUCUUCUUCCUCAUAUUCCAGUCAGCUGGUGUGUUUGGCAACCUGAUCUCGUCUCUGGUGUUCGGCCAGACGCCCACUCAAGGGGCCAUCCCGGAGGAGCAGCUCCUGUCCUGCGGGGCCAGUGACUGCCUCAUGACCACGGCGUCCACCAACAGCACCAACCGUCCCUCCCAGGAGCUGAUCUACACCCUGCUGGGCAUCUACACAGGGAGCGGCUUCCUGGCGGUCCUGCUCAUCGCCGUGUUUCUGGAACCCAUAAAAGACGCUCAGCAGGAAAGUGAGGGAGAGAAGCAAGCGUCACCGUUCUGGUCCACUUUGCUGUCGACGGCCAAGCUGUUCAGAGACAAGCGCCUCUGCCUCCUGGUCCUGCUGCCGCUGUACAGCGGGUUCCAGCAAGCCUUCCUGGCCGGCGACUACACGCGGUCCUACAUCACCUGCGCCCUGGGGAUCCAGUUCGUGGGCUACGUGAUGAUCUGCUUCGCAGCCGUCAACGCACUGUGCUCCGUGCUGUAUGGGAAGCUGGCCCAGUACACAGGCAGGAUUGCUCUCUUUGCGCUAGGUGCCGUGACCCACCUGUCUUGCAUCAUCGCCCUCCUGCUGUGGAAGCCUCACCCCCGCCAGCUGCCUUUGUUCUUCGUAUUUCCGGGCCUCUGGGGCGCGGCCGACGCCGUCUGGCAGACACAGAACAAUGCUCUUUUCGGGGUCCUGUUUGAGAAGAACAAGGAGGCCGCCUUUGCCAGUUACCGCCUGUGGGAAGCCCUGGGCUUCGUCAUCGCGUUCGGAUACAGCAUGUUCCUGUGUGUCAGCGUCAAACUCUACGUCCUCCUGGGCGUCCUGAGUCUGGCCAUGGCGGCAUAUGGAACUGUCGAGUAUCUGGGGUCCAAGAAGGUGGCCAGGCUGCGCACCGAAGAGCAGACAAAACCAGCUGAGGAAGGAGUAACACAGACAGAAAUGUGAAGCAACAAACCCCACGGUGGAUGAACCCAGAGCGUAUCAGCGGGAGAGUUUUACCUGAAGAUGCCUCAGAGUUUAUAGUGGAUUCUUUACGACUACUUCAACGUUUCAUUUUUUACGUGAAUUUUUUUUUUCUAUUUUAUCAAAUUUUUCAGUCCACCCUCUCAUCCAUAGAGAUCCAGAGUAUAUGUGAAAGAUAUAAACUCAGGGUACAAUCAGCCACUCAGAACUUGCCUAGAAUCAUGGGGGUAACAGCUGAUGCUUGUUGUUGUUGUUGUUGUUAAGAAUUGGAACGCUGCUUAAAAAAUGCAGCCCAGGGCUUCGCUGGUGGCGCAGUGGUUGAGAGUCCGCCUGCCGAUGCAGGGGACGCGGGUUCGUGCCCCGGUCCGGGAGGAUCCCACAUGCCGCAGAGCGGCUGGGCCCGUGAGCCAUGGCCGCUGAGCCUGCGCGUCCGGAGCCUGUGCUCCACAACGGGAGAGGCCACAACAGUGAGAGGCCCG